AUGAGGGUUAUUGUCGGAUCAUGGGAUCAGAAAGUCGCCAUAGAAGUAGGUCUCAAAGAAUCUGUUGUCGAAAUCAAAACCAAGAUAGAACAACUCUUGGGUGUCCCAGUCGCUUCACAAACACUUGCAGUCUGUGGCUUGGAGUUACUAGAUGGAUUAGACAUGGAAGAUUACCCGAUUGUCACUGAAGGUACCAAACUUGACCUCACCAUCAGAUAUUGGAUGGCACCCCCAAACUUCAACCAUUCAGGUAAAAUUCAGAUUAUCAUCAAGUUUUCAGCUAGACAGCUCCACAUAGAGGUUGACAGGACCGAAACGGUGCGCAGCCUCAAAGAGAAAAUACACAUCAUGGAUGGCACCCCUAUCAAAAGAAUGUCACUCUUCUUUUGUGGAACCGAGCUAGAAGAAGAUUUUCGCCAUUUAAGUGAGUAUGGUAUACACGAGUUUUCUGAAAUAGUUGUGUUCCUCAAGUCGAUGAGUCGUGUAAAGGAUGACCCUCCCUCCAAAAGGUUGAGUCUAGUGGUGCAAACUUCGUCGAGUUUACUUAACUCGGCGAGGAUUCCUGUGGAAAUGAAGGACUCGAGCACGGUUAAUGAGCUGAAGGAAUUACUUUUGAGAGGAAAAGUUCUCCCACUUGAUGACUACUUGUUCAUACACAAGCAGAGGAUCAUGCGUGAAAAUUGCAGCCUCAAAUGGCAUGGUGUUGAUGAUGGGGAUUUCUUAUAUGUCUUCAAAGGGACUGUUUGUCGUGGUUGA